AUGGAAUAUUCACAAUAUGCGGUUAAACAGAUAAACAGUACUGAUUUUGCCUCCAAGAAGCUGAUAAUGGAGGAAAUAAUAAGGAUUACCGCGAAUCCAUUCAAGGGGAACUUGCCUGUAGAUGUUUUUGUCAAUGUCGGGUUGGAUCAAGCUGAAAAAUCCACAGAUGCAUGGCAACAGUUCUACCUCCUUGAUCAGCUUAGUGAGGAAACUGGAAUAGCUUGUUCUCUUCGAAUUUUUUACAAAAAAGGAAAUAUGGACAAUUUCAACUUAUUAAUCGGAAACGUACAUACGAAUCCGAAAUAUAGAAGACGUGGGUUACUUCGAUAUUUGAUAUCUGAAUGUAUUAAAAAAUAUGAAACAGAAGGAUACCACUUUUUGAAUAAGUCGUCCGAUAAUCUAGAAUGUGAUAAAUUCCUUGGAGAAAACAUAAGGAAAAAAAAAUAUAAUUACUAUUGGACUCUAUACUCAGGAGUGUCUGACUUAUAUGCCAAAUUUGGGUUUGAAAGUUUUCCGGGAAUGAAUUGGUUAACUUUGAAUAUUCAAAUCAAAAACAUCUCAAAAUCAGCAGCAGAUUUGUCUAAAGAGCAUCGAGAUUUAGCAUUACUCAAUAUAACGUCAGACAAUGUCGCCGAUAUAGAUAGGUUUAUCGUAUAUCCUAAGUAUCUAUCCUAUAGGGAUACGGAAAACGCAAAAUUUCAAAGGAGUACGAGUUAUGAAUCAUCACUGAUAAGAGCCUUCCUCAAUAGAGACAAUACAGUUUACUCUAAUUUUGGAAUUCACAAAAGAACUAUCGGUUUGAGGAUUUUACAUCCCUUAUUAGAGAAAGAGACUUUUGUCAUUAUUGGCAGUAAUAUCGAUUAUUCAGGCGUGUUGGUACAUAAACUUUUUACGGAUUUAUCAGUGACCAUUGAGCCUGAAAUCGUUACCCAAGAUUUGGCUUUGAUAGAAAAUUAUUUGAAACAGACAAUUUUCGAAUACAGUUUUGAUUUGUUUAUUAAUCUUGAAAAAAUUCCCAUCUCUUUGAGUGUCCAGGAUAUUUAUACAAAAGAUAAAGAAACUCACAACUUUAUUGUUCAAAGAUUGGCCAAAAAUGAGUGGGCAUACGACGACUCUAAUAAAAAUUUUUUACCCAUGAUGAAAGACUUUGGAAGAAAUGGAGUCGCUGACGAGGUUGAGUGGAUUAAUAACGGAUUCUGGUGCUUUGGUUAA